AUUCUGUCAAGCAACUUUUGCAAGCAACUUCAAAGUUCAAAUGUCAAGCAAGGAUUCCUAGAAUAGAAAUAGAAAGAAAAGUAUUGAUUACUUUACCCUCAGUUUGAAAGCGUUUCUUAUUUCUUUAGAAAAAAAAAACACAUGAUGAGGAAUACAUACACAUUCAGGAGGCAUAGAAAUUCUCUCUACUCAAUUUAUGGUAUCCAUGAUUAAAUAAGCAUUCAAUAUAGCAAUCAUUCAAGAUGGAGCCUAUUAAAUUGGAAUUUAGUGUACCUUGUUAUUAUAGUUUGUUAUUUACAGAAACAGAAUCUUCAGAUUCCUUGCUUACCAAGUGUAAAUCCCAAGAUGGUAUGUAUGAGUUGGGAACAACUCUUCCUUCACAUGGGUCGCUUCUGGAGCCCGAUGACGUGCUAUCGCAAUUCCUUACGGGGGACGAAUUAUUUGAAGAACCUGACCUUAACGGACCCACCACUUUACAUUGUGAAAUUUGUAGCAAAAAGUUUGACAAUGCUAAAAAGUAUUAUGGGCAUUUGCGAGUCCAUUCCAAGGACAAUCUUUGGAUUUGUGAGAAAUGUCCUAACCAGAAGUUCUCCACGAAGCAGCAGCUGAUGAAGCACAGCCUAAGCCACCAGCCCUUGGAGCGCAUGUGGCGUUGUCCACAGUGCACCAUGGCAUUUGAGGCUUUGUGGAGGUUGCAACAACACUUGUUCGCUAAACAUCGCAUGUACAGGCCCCACAAAUGUGAUAAAUGUGAGAAGUCAUUCAACAAAUAUUGUGAUCUGAUGAAACACAAAGAAGUUCAUAAUCGUGUAAAAAAGCACACCUGUUCAGCUUGCAGCGUGCACUUCACCGACAAGUCUAAUUUGAAGCGGCACAUGUUGCUCCAUACUGGGGAGAAACCUUUCUUGUGCCCUGGCUGCGGGUGUCGGUUCAAACAGUUGAGUUCAUUGAACCGGCACAAAGGAAAUUGCACAUUUAGUAAGAAUAUUAACGAAAUAGAAGACAAAACCGUGCGGAAGAACUACUGUCGGGUUUGUGGCAUGACAUUCCAGUAUAAGAGUGCGUUAUUGGAGCAUUGUGUGAGACAACAUAAUAAUAAUACAAGUGAGGCCGACAAAACAGACAAAUCAAACCAAAUGCACGCGGACGUGAACAGAACAGUGGAUAACAUUGUAGAUGACAUCCUCUCAGCGGAGGACGACUACAUGACCAUGUCCACGCAAAAUGACAUACUGAAUGUAUACAACAAUCCCUCCGAAGUAGACACUAACACAGACAACCUUAUGCAAAUAGAAUUCCUAAAAGAAAUGAACCAAUUACACAUACUUGAUGAUGAAUUAUUCUACAAUGAUAUAGAUUUAGAUAGCUUUCAUAGCAACCAAAUAUUCAAUACCACAAAUAAUAUAAAUAUAGAUUAUAAUAACGAAAAGAAUGCGGAAACUCUUUUUGACUAUACCGACGCCGCAGGCAAGAGUGUUGAUCAGGAUAUAAUGAAUGCUCUGUAUCAUGUGAAAGCUGAACAUUUGCCUGAUGAAUUGUUGAAUGUGAAUGAUACUGUGAAUUAUGCUGAAACCAAGACGGAACCAGUGCCCCCUACAGUUGCUGUCAACGAAUGCGCUACAAUAUUUGAAAGUGAUGUAGAUUUAGAAUCGAGUGCUCAUCUAGCAGCGAAUUUGAGCCAACUUAUUGGCGAAAACUCGGUGCAGUAUAUCUCUACAGAAGACGAUGACACUUUUAUUAUAAGUUUGAAUAGUGAAAUAGAUGCAGAGCAAUUGACUGAUAUGCUAAAUAUAGGCCGCGUUGACAGUAAAAACAAUGGUAAGGAAAUUAAAAAAGAGGAGAACACUCAAAGUACUGAGAGUUAUGCUGAUAUUGUAGUUGAAAUACAGGAACCUAGAAUUGAAGACGAUGUAGAAGAACCUGAACAUAAGGAAUUAUUUAAUAAUGAAGAAAAAGAAAACAAAUUGAAAGAGCCCAAAGUGAAAAGAAAAAGAAUUUUUGUAUGUCGAACUUGUAAAAAGGAGUUCAGCAAAAGGGAUAACUACAGAUCUCAUAUAGCCACCCACAACCCGUCUCUCCGCCGCCACAAGUGCCCCGUCUGCAAGGAGCGGUUCAGUUACCGUUCUACCCUCAACAAGCACUUUGCGGCGAGCCACAAACCUGUCGUGUAUCCCGCGCAUGCGUGUACACUCUGCAAUAAGAACUAUAAAGCUGCUUGGAUGCUAAAAGACCACAUUGAGCGGGACCACGAGAGGCUCGCACCACAUGUCUGCGAUAGGAAGGAGUGCGGGAAGAAGUUCUACAAGAAAUCGGAUCUCGUCGUACACAUGAGGUUACACACGGGCGAGCGGCCGUACUCCUGCGACAUCUGUCACGUGUCGUUCCAGCAACUCUCGCAUUUCAAACGACACGAGAGGGAAGUGGACUGUACAAAGAGAGCUCGAAAGGGGUAACAGGCGAUUUAUAUUUUGUUCUCAAGAAAUCUCCCAAUAAUGAACUGAAAUUAAAUGUUUAAAGAAAAUAAAAUCAAUCAUUUCUUAUAAAAUUAUA